AUGACGUCUAUUUUGAAAAGGUGCGACUGGAAGUAUCGUUGCAUGUUCCUCUGGCCUUGACUCUGGGUGGCUUCCUCCGGUGGAGCUUGACUAUUUACAACAAUAUAAUGUGAAGCCUAUCUGACGCUGCCGUGCAACACAAACAGGCAGACUGGGAGUCAACCCGUCGGUAGGACAGCUUUUUAUUGUUUUCCCUCCAGAAUACGAUGCGUGUCAGCUCCACUCGGGACUUCUUUUGUGCGUUUUCCCUAUAAUGUUGGCAAGUGAUCGUCUGCUGUGUGCACUGCAGUGGUGCGCAGCUUCGCCUGGAGAAACACCUGUGCGCCUCUCCUCUCCACCGGCCACAGCCACGAAUGUUGAGUAGAGAACUGAUCACCCUAAGGCGCGGUGUCUGUCUGCAUUUGUCUGAGAGAACGAGAGAGGGAGCAGCACAAAUGCCGCACAGCCAGACACCAUGCAAGGAGAACGCUUCCCUCACUGCAGAGUGUUGAAAUGUUAGCACUGAAGAGCGAGUGUGUCAGAUCAAAUCAGCAGACUUACGUUUACAUUCGGCGGGGCGGUGAUAAGAGCUGCUUGACACCAGACCCACUAACGCCCUGUGUGCAGUUUAAGGCCCCUUACAGUUGCGAUCAGGAAAAUCAAGAAAAGACGUGUUGACUCUUCCAUCAGCACUUUUUGUUACCCUUAACGUCAGAUUCAGCAAACGAGAAACGAGCCGAGAUGGAGUGGUCGCUGGAGAGUGUGAGGGAGAUGGUGGCCGGAGGGAUGCAGUCUGUGAGGGAGUGUGAGAUCUGUGCUUUUGCCAUAGCCAUGUGCGUGCUGCUGCUAUUCAUGUGGUAUUGUUACAGGGUGGGCCGGGAGCACGGCUCGAGCCCCCUGCGUGGGAGAUAUCUGGCCGGGCCUGGCCGGAUUGGUGGCGUUGUGGGGGGCUUCAUGAGCUCAGACUGUCGUGGCAGGGGCAAAGGGAAACAUGGACUAAUGCUGGAAGAGCAGAACGGUUUCGCAUUCUGCCAGUCGUCCGAGUGUUUCCGCUGCACCAGCGCUGGGGAAAGCCUGAACCAGAGGCUCUACCACAGCCUGCAGGAUUACGCCAAGCGCUACACCUGGUCAGGUAUGGGCAGGGUGCACAAAGGAGUCCGCGAUCAAGGCCGCUACCUUAAUAGCCGACCAACUAUCCAGCGGCCAGAGGUCUUUUUUCUGCCAGACCUGCCGUCAGCACCUUUUUUCUCCAGGGAGAUACAGAGGCAUGACGUGGAGCUGCUGGAGCAGAGCUUCCCUGCCCUUCUGGCUGAGUUUGAGAGCAUCUACCACCAGCCUCCGGCCCGCAGUGGCUCCCCUCUCCCGCCGGGUUGGAAGGUCAACAGCACUCCCCGCGGGCAGUGGUGGACCUACUACCUCGUUAACCAAGGCACCCCUCUGGUUCUUAAUGUGAGGAGAUGUCCGCGGGCGUGGAGGGUGCUGGGACAGCUGCGAACCUUCAUCGCCAACAACGUGUUCGGCAACGCCUGCUUCUCUGUGCUGACGCCUGGAGCUCUGAUCACUGAGCAUUAUGGUCCGACGAAUGUCAGGCUGCGCUGCCACCUGGGUCUCAGAGUUCCCCCUUCCUGUGAGCUCGUGGUCGGUGGAGAGCCACAGUGCUGGUCCGAGGGCAGCUGUCUGCUUUUUGACGACUCCUUCCUCCACAGGGCCUUUCACGAGGGUGGUGCAGAUGAUGGCCCCAGGGUGGUCUUCAUGGUGGACCUGUGGCACCCCAACGUGGCCGCUGCUGAGAGACAAGCCUUGGACUACAUUUUUACUCCGGGCCGUUUAGAGGACAGGGAAGGGAAAUAGGUGUGAGUGAGGAACCAUGUCCAAGCGAGAGACGGAUGGCCUUUAGAGAGGUGUCUGUAGGAUUGGGGAGCAACUCUUCUUUUUUUUUUCUCUCUCUGCCUCCAGACCAGCUCUCACAUUCACUGUGUACAUACAGUAUCUGUCAUAACUCUUCUUAGCAGAUGACGAAACAUUGGGCCUCCUUUAUCAAUCAUACUCAUGUUUUUGCCUGUAUACUGAAAGACAGCCACAUGGGAACGUACUCCAAACUUUAGCAGGUGCACAACAAACAUUUUACUUCAGUGUAUUAAAACCAUAGCAGAGACAUGUUAGGUUAUUUCUUUCAUUGGCGUUUGUUUGUUAGUUAGCAGGAUUACACAAAAACUACAGAACCGAUCUCCAUGAAAUUUUGUGAAGGGGUGGGGAGUGACCUAAAGAAGAACCCAUUGAAUUUUGAUGAUGCUCUGCAGUUUAUACGGACUUUAUCCGUAACCUAGCAUAAACUCUGUAGAUAUCCAGGAGAAUUCAAUCCGUAAGUACAGCAGGGGAUCUUCCAUUGGAUUAACCACGAGUGAGUGGGGGAGUCAAUGGUCCUUCUAACACGCGACAGGCGCAAAAAGAAAAAGAAAACAAAUAUACAUCUAUGGGUUUGUGGUGAUAAGAGCUGAUGGCUGUGCUGUAAAUAUGAUCACGUGAUCUCUGUAGCGGAGUUAAUACGUCACUUCAUGUCUCUGUCAGCUGCACCUGGCUGCUCCACCUCUCUUCUGAAUAAUGCGGGGGAUUUGAUGCUGUUGUGAACACAUCCAUGCAGAAAACCUCCCGCUGUGUUGUGCAUGUGUGAAAGGCAGUCUCUGGGUAAACUCCAUAGCCAAUUCUCCAGAUUUUACCCAGAGGUCAUGUCUGAAAACAGCUUAUGAGGUCCAUAGGCUAACCCACUCUACAGUAUUCGCUUUACAUGAACUGCAGUCAUCGAGCUAACCUUUAUGUGCCCUGACCUCCUACCAGGCAACAGCACAUGACUUAACUACACUAAACAUCUUGUGGUAUUGAUUCUUUUACUCAGACAUAUCUAUCUACACCUACAUACAUUUUUGCAAGGGCUAAGAUAUUUGAUCAUUCAACUUUUUACAUGAAUCAACAUAUCCAGUCCCACUUCAAUUUAACAUUUCGUGUCUGACAAAGACUCAACUGUCAGUGGGUUAGAAUAUUUUCAUUUCAGAACAAACGAACAACAAAUUUUUGCCUGCUUACAGAAUGUAUAUUUUCAGUGAUUGUAGCUUACAUGAUGUAUUUGUGCAAAAGUAACACUGAAGGACUGAUACAGGAUGAUUAAAUAAAUCAAUGCGGGAUGUUUGUUUCAGUCAGAUUUCGAGCUUGGUUUUUUACAGGCUGUACAGUUUGGGAUUUUAAGACAUUCUGACUAAACUGGCGACUGCAGAUAGAUCUGUUGUUCGCAGUGGUUACAAUGACAUGCUCCUGUGUUAAUCAUUAUUAAGGCAAACAGAUUUCAUCCACAUGUGGUUUGAUAAGUGAGGUCCAAUCCAGUCGUGACAUGAAUGUUUCCAGACGUCUCUGUCUCGACGACUCCUGCUGCUGUGGUAGUUGAUUGUGCUCCCCUUUGGAAAAGUCAGCCCUGCUUUCUCAAGACAUGGUUAGAGAAGCACAUUUUUAGGUCCAACUGUGUGAGUCGGCCUGUGCUGUGUCACUGGAAAUGAAGUGUUUUUGGUAAAUUUACUAAACUCUUGUAAUUUGCUUGUAUUUGAUAUCAGGUUUGUAUUUCUGUACAUAGGGUCGAGUUAAAAAGAAAAAAAACUACUGAACAGUCUGAGAUGUUUUGAAAUGAUUGUCUUCAAUGCUAUAACUAUUGUGUUGUCUUGAUUUUACAGCUGAAGUGAUGGCAUUUUCAUUCUCCGUUCUCAAAGAGCCAACCAUGAGAUCAUUUUGAUAGAUUGAAUUUGUAGAUUCUGUAAAAUGUUUAUGAAGUAUUAUCUCCGUUGUUCUGUGAUGUUUUUUUAUUUCAGGACUCUGUAAUUUUUGCAGCGCCACGCGUUGCCCAUUGUUAAAGCCACAACCCUUGAUUCUUCGACAGCACUUAAUGGGUGUUCGUGCACAGUGUAAAAGGUAGAGAAAAUUCAUCUUUAGCAGCUUUACAAGUCCACUGCAAUUCAAGAUAAUCAUGGACUCAAUGCCAAUGUUUACAGAAGCACGAUCAUUUUCAAGUUGUUUACAACAUCGGACGACAUCGACACUCACAUUGAGCUGUCCAUACCUACUGUAGAUUUGAAAUCAAGAGUGCUGUAAAUCCACUUUAGACGAUGAAAUCUGUCAUUCCGAAGCAUUUGCUUUAUAGUAUAUGAUGGGGCAACCAUAUUGUUUACAUUUGGAUUAAAGAUUUGUGCUUUAACACA